AUGGCUGAGAAAAAGAUUCUUGAUAAACAGAAACGUGAACAUCAAAAUUACGAUUCCAUUUUACUGCUUAAUAAAAAUGGAACGCUCGACCCGACUAAACCAUCUUUCAGGAAUAAUUCUUUGCGAUAUCGGGGUUUUCUACGUCUGAACAGGAAAAAAGUCUCCAGGAUAGGUGGUUUUCUCCUAAUCAUUUACUUCUUGUGCAUUUAUGCGAUCCUCUUCGGUAUAAUGACAGGCCUUCUCAUUAUUGUGCUGCAGCUUUUUAUUAGUGAGGAUAAACCCUAUCUAACUGGUCUACAAAGCCCUCUGAAUCUUGCUCCAGGCCUGAGUCAUCGCCCUAAUAUUAAUUUUAUGACGUCACUUAUUGCCUAUGAGUCCUCGAACCCUCAGUCCUACAUGCCCUACGUCCAGAACCUUCGAACAUUUUUUUCUCUCUAUGAAGAGGUUAACAUUAAACCUCAAGAUGGCUUUGCUACGUGCGAAAAUGGCGUAAAAACACCGAAUAUUCCUAGAUUAGUGUGCAAGUUUUAUCCUAUUCUUCUUGAGUCUUGCGUGAAGGAGAAUAAUUUCGGCUACGAUAGAAGUGAGCCCUGCGUUGUAAUAAAAAUUAACAAAGUUUACGGAUGGCUGCCCGACAUCCAAAACACGUCGAUGAGCCAAAGUCCUUUGCUUCGAUGUUUUGGAAGAUAUGAGUCGAACUUCGAAGUUUUUGGCUCCUUACAUUACUAUCCCAACGUGACAAUUGACGGCAUUGUAUAUGGGAUUUUUGACAGCGUCUAUUUCCCCUACAUCAUCCAAUACGCUUACCGAUCACCAGUCGUGGCCGUUCAGGUCAAAAAUGUGCAACGAAACGGUCUAUUCUUUUUGACCUGUCGCCUUUUCAACCUUAACACACCCACAGAACCUCUCAACUUUGAAUUCCUCAUCGACUAA